AUGCGCAAAGCCUACGACCGUAUCGAGUGGGACUUCUUACAAGAUUGUCUUCUCUGCAUGGGCUUUGAUACUCACUGGGUGACUUGCAUUAUGUCUUGUGUGAGGUCGGUCUCUUACGGCAUCAAGUUCAAUGUACAGGCAGGAAGCUUCAAAGGUAUUCAACUCAACCGCCAUUGCCCAAAACUAUCACACUUGCUGUUUGCAGACGACUCUAUAUUCUUCCUAGAUGGCACGCUAUCAGAUUGCCAAUGUUUGAAUCAGAUUCUGAACCAGUAUUGUUACGCCUCUGGCCAGGCUAUUAACCUCAACAAAUCUGGGAUUUAUUUCAGUAGCGGCUGCCCUCAAUCUUUACGGAAUACACUUGCGGCGGAGUUGCGAGUACCGGAGUUGAAAAAGACAGGACAGUAUCUCGGUCUCCCCUCAGACUGGGGUCAAACCAAGCGCCAGCUUUUCUCAUGGAUCUUAGCACGAGUUCAUCGCAAACUGGAGGGGUGGAAAGAGAAGUUGUUUUCAAUGGGAGGAAAAGAAAUCUUGAUCAAGGCUGUGGUCCAGGCGAUUCCUCAAUAUGCAAUGACUGUUUUCAAGGUACCUAUUUCAGUCUGCCGGGCUAUUGAACGAAGAGUUGCAGCUUUUUGGUGGAAUAGUAGCGAUACCCGAGGACUUCAUUGGAGAAAUUGGGACAUUCUGAAACAACACAAGCAGGAAGGAGGAUUGGGCUUUCGGGAUCUUCGAGAUUUCAACAUGGCAAUGUUAGGCAAGACAGCUUGGCGUCUUCAUGAGCAACCUUCUAGCCUAUGGGCUACUAUUUUUAAGGGUCUGUAUUUCCCUCGAGCUAACUUUUGGGAAGCAAAAAAGGGUGCCAGGCCAUCAUGGGGAUGGCAAAGUGUAUUGGCAGGGCGAGAUUCCAUUGCACCCUUUGUGAGAUGGCAAGUAGGAAAUGGAGAACGUAUUAAUGUUCGCUCCCAUAGUUGGCUACCUUCUGGCUCUAUCGGUGGACAGAAGCAACCAGAAGAGCCCCUGAUGGUCGCUGGUUUGAUUACUCCAUCCUUCCAAUGGGAUGUACCCUUACUUCGUGCUUGUUUUACACCCCAGAUUGUGCAGCAUAUACUUGCCAUCCCGCUUACCCCGUUAAUCCCAGAAGAUCGCUUGGUAUGGGCUCCUGCUACUAGUGGACAGUAUUCGGUCAAAACAGCCUACCGUCAGCAGCAGGUGCCUUCCACGCAGUUCAAAGUACGAGUCCCGUCCGCCCCGCCGAUCGUUCACCUACUCUGGCAAAUAUGGAAGGCUAGAAACGGCCUAGUUUUCCGGCAACGGCACCCUGAUCCAUGGCAUGUUGUAAACAUUGCGCUAGCAAAUCACCUUAAUUUCACACGUUGGAAUGCAAAUAUAUCACCAGCGCAGCAUAAGCAACAACAGAACGGCAAUACAGAAUCCCGACCUCUCCGAUGGCAGCCGCCACCUCCUGGAACCCCGAAACUCAAUGUUGAUGGUUCUUUCAUCUCGGGACAAGCUACUGGUGUCAUUGCUGGCAUCCUUCGCGAUUCUCGGGGCCGAUGCAUCGAUGGUUUUGCGCAAUCUGUCCAGGCCGCUGAUUCCGAACAGGUUGAGGCCUUUGCAUGUCAAAAGGCUAUUAGAUUUGCUGUAGAUCGUCUCACCCACAAUGACGUCGACCUCAGAACAGCACUCACUGUUGUCAUCGAAUCUGAUUGCAGAAAUGUGAUUGAGGAUCUUACCAGCCUACAACAAUGGUUGUUAUCGCACCAUUUUGCUCAACCCUCUUCAAUUCCACAGCAAUCUUCUUCGUGGAGUUCUACCCCUAUUUUGCUGGACUGUUGCUGCGAACUGGAUCGGGCUGCACACAUGUUUUCAUUUUGCUUUUGUCCCAGGGAGGCUAAUAAGACUGCGGAUUGGCUCUGCCAAGCCCAGCGUAGGAAUGAACUCCCCUCUGACUGGCCCACCUCCCUACCAGUUGUUCUUUCGGCUCUUCUCUGCUCUGAAGCCCACCCAACUUGUACAUUUGGAACUAGUUUCUCUUAA